CGUGUCUCCCCCGCAUCGGAACACUUACUUCCCGAGCUCGACGCUGACUCGCUUUGCGGCGGGUUUCUUAGGAAAGUCCGGAGGCGCAGAGCUUGGCUUUGGGUUCCUCGGGGCGACAGCAAACACCAGGGCUUGGCUUGCAUCAGGGAUCGCGCGUGCCUCUCGGUGUGUGUGUGUGUGUUUUCACACCCUCGGAUGGAUGGAUCUUCUCUUUCUCCACUGACUUGGCAGGAACAGAGCCAGAAGGCUGCUGCUGCUGCUGGUGGUCUACUUUACCCUUUGGAGCGGGGCCAAGACUGGGCAUCAUCAAUCCUGCUCUGACUGAUUAGGGGAGCUUUGGGGACUGAUGGGCAUCAUCGCGACCCUGAUAGGAUGGAGUGGGAGUUCAACUUGCUGCUCUACCUGGCGCUGUUCUUCUUGCUGCUCUUCCUCCUCUUCCUGCUUCUCUUCGGGGUCAUCAAGCAGCUGAAGAACUCGGUGGCCAGCACGGGGGCCCUCCAGUCCAGCGGGCGACCUUCCCUGAGGGAGCCCUGGGGCUUUUGUCGGGAGCAAGCCCUCUGAAAGAGCCGAGAGAAGACGCCCACCCAAAGGCACCUCCUCCUCCUCUUCCUCCUCCUCCUCCUCCUCCUCCUCCUCCUCCUCCUCAAGGGUCCCGAGAAAGGAGAGACCAAGGCUCAGGUGGAAUGAACCAGAGAAGAUGAUUCUGCACAGCAGCCAGUUAUCCAGAGAAGGUCAGAUGGACCUUCUGUCCUGCUGGUCACCAUGACAGAAUGGCUUAUCUUUUGUCCUCGGGGAGGAGAAAAAGAGAUGGAUGUGCGAACAGACAAUCUGCUUCUCGAGGCUGCUGUGUUUGGAGACUGGACAUGUUGCGGAGCAACCAAUAAUGGCCAUGCAACAUAGAGAAUGUGUUUCAGUGAUAAACUAUAAUGUACCUUUCAAAUUGCCUGUUAUAUGUUCCACUGAACUGAAGUUUGUUUUGCUUCCCUCUCUCUUUCCUUUCCUUCCCUUCCUUCCCUUUCCUUUCCUUCCCCUCCCCUCCCUUCCCUUUCUUUUUCUUUGCUUUCUUUUCCUUUCCUUCCCUUUCUUCUCUUCCCUGCCUUUUCUUCUCUUCUUUCGUUUACUUCCCUUCCCUUUCUUCCUUUCCCUUUUCUUUCUUUAUUUCCCUUUGCUUUCUUUCCCUUCCCUUCCCUUCUCUUUCCUUCUUUUCUUUUCUUUCUUUUCCCUUGUUUUCUUUUCCUUCCCUUCCCUUUCUUUCUUUUCCCUUGUUUUCUUUUCCUUCCCUUCCCUUCCCUUUCUUCCCUUCCCUUUCUUUUCUCUCCUUUCUUUUCCUUUUCUUCUCAUUCUUUCUUCUUUCCCUUCCCUUCCCUUCCCCUCCGCUCCCCUCCUCUCUGCCUCCAGAAUAUCUUUUCUCUAUGGGACUGUGUCCAUGGCAAUGGCUGAAUGACAGUCAUCACAUUUGACAGCAAAAUGAACAUUCAGAAAGCAGUCUCAUCUCCCCCCCCCCCCGCUACCUUUAUCCACUUUGCUUUAUAAAUGAAAUUUGUCCUCUCUAGAGGUUUAUGUAUUUGUCUUUCUGGAAACACUGGACUGAAAUAAAAAAAAAUACUUAUAGCUGGAUUAAAGAGCACUCACUUUUACUACGGAUGGUGAAGAAAACAAAAAAAAAGUUGUAAUUAUUCUUAAAGAUCUAUCCAGCCAAAACAUCAAUCAGUGGUGCAUCCACUCUGCAGAGCUUACAAUGCUUGCUAAUUAUUUUAAACUGCAAGCCUGUAGUGUCCUGGUUACAUAAAGAGCCUCCAUCUGAUUGCAUACAAUAGAUGCUUAUGAUAAUCUAUAUGUGAUAAAGUGUUGUGGGCUCCAUUGAAAAAUUGCUGUCAUCGUGAGUGUGCCAGCCAUACAAAACUCACUGGUGAGGACAAGACAAAUUUUUUCCAGAAUUCUACUUGAAACCUUUACAAGAAUGAUUCCUUUGGAUCCACAGUUUGUAUUCCCAAAACGUACCCAUUUCCCAGAAAGACUAGUCAAUUAUUUUCUCAAAUCAUAUAUAAAAUGCCUUUGUUGUUGUUCAUGCUUCCAAUUAUAUUGUCCUAUAUACUCCAAAUCACUCACAAGAACCAAAAAGUAUGUACUCUCUUUGGAGCAUUCCCACCACACAACCUCUGACAUUCAGUGAUUCCCAAAUAUUCAUCCUCCAGAUGAACGUUUAUGGAGCCCGCCGUGGCACAAUGGGUUAAAACCCUUGUGUCGGUAGGACUAAUGACCACCAGAUCAGCAGUUCGAAUCCUGGGAGAGCAGGUUGAGGUCCCUCUGUCAGCUCCAGCUCUCCAUGCAGGGACAUGAGAGAAGCCUCCUACAAGGAUUGUAAAAACCACCAAACAUCUGGAUGUCCCUUGGGCAAUGUCCUUGCAGAUGGCCAAUUCUCUCACACCAGAAGUGAAUUGUAACUUCUCAAGUUGUUCCUGACAUGGAAAAAAAACCCUCCAGAUGUUCGGGAUUCAACUCCCAGGUGCUCCAGCUUGCCUAGCCAACAGCCAAGAAUUCUGGAAGCUGAAGUCCAAAAUAUCUGGCGGUCCAUGGGUCUUACGACAUUACAGCUUAAAGAGUGGACUUACACACAUAUACCCCACUUCCCUGUAUGUCUCACAUUCACCCUAGAAACAUAUAUUCUCCUCUUCUGCACCCCCAAACACCAUAAUGAUAUCUGAGACCAUAUUAAAAUCUUUUCAGUGUAAAAUUGAAAAGAGGUAGGCAAUGUGUCAACUGAUGACACAUUGGAGACUUCAGUCAUAAAGGGAACCACUUGGAAGCUAAAACCUUGAAAAUCUUGGAGUAUUUAUCUGUUCUAGGUUGCAAUCCACUGCUCACGGAAUUCAGUCAAAAUAAAAAACUAUAGUUUGGUUAUAAUGUAUCUGGGGAAUGCAUCUUAUGCCUUUACUUACAUUGUUUAAGAUGUUUUAUUGUGCUCAACCUACAGAGUCCUGUGAACUGUCAAAAAGUGUGUACAAAUAA